AUGUCUCCCUCGGCGGAGAAACCAGACAACGAGCCUACAGCCACGGUUGAACAGGCACAUAGCCUGAACGAGCGUUCUGUAGGCUCUGGUUCUACCAUCACACCAUCCGCAGGCAAGGAAAAGCCGGGGUCUCGGCCAUCCUCCUCCCAGAAAAAUACCCCGGUGGCGGUAGACGACGAUGCUCUCUUCGCCCACCUCCCUGAGAGCGAGAAAGCGGUCCUGAAGAAACAGCUGCACGCCGAGGAGUCGAGUGUCUCCUUCAUUGCGCUCUUCCGCUAUGCGUCACGAAUGGAUAUGUUGAUCAUCUUCGUCAGCGCAAUCUGCGCUAUUGCUGCCGGCGCGGCCUUGCCGUUGUUCACUAUCCUGUUCGGCUCCUUGGCCAACAACAUGCGUGGCAUCAUGCUCGGAACGGUCGAGUACUCCGUGUACUAUCACCAAUUGACGCACAACGUCCUCUACUUUGUGUAUCUGGGCAUUGCGGAGUUCGUGACCGUCUACAUCAGCACCGUCGGAUUCAUCUACACCGGCGAGCACAUCACUCAGAAGAUCCGCGAACACUACCUCGAAUCGAUUCUCAGACAGAACAUGGGUUACUUUGACAAGCUGGGCGCCGGUGAAGUGACCACCCGGAUCACUGCCGACACCAACCUCAUCCAGGACGGCAUUUCCGAAAAGGUCGGCCUCACCCUGACGGCUCUGGCUACCUUUGUUACCGCCUUCAUUGUCGCCUACAUCAAAUAUUGGAAACUGGCCCUGAUUUGCUCGUCCACCAUCGUUGCGCUCGUUCUGACCAUGGGAGGUGGCUCUCGUUUCAUCAUCAAAUACAGCAAAAAGUCCUUGGACAGCUAUGGCGCGGGUGGAACGGUGGCGGAGGAAGUCAUCAGCUCCAUUCGCAACGCCACGGCCUUCGGUACGCAGGACAAGCUGGCCAAACAAUAUGAGGUCCACCUCGCUGAAGCCGAGAAAUGGGGAACCAAGACCCAGAUCAUCCUCGGUUUCAUGGUUGGCGCAAUGUUCGGGAUCAUGUUCAUGAACUACGGUCUCGGUUUCUGGAUGGGGGGUCGAUUCCUGGUGGAUGGAGAGGUCAACGUCGGUCAAGUCCUGACUGUGCUGAUGGCCAUCUUGAUCGGCUCGUUCAGUUUAGGAAACGUCAGCCCGAACGGACAGGCAUUCACCAACGCCUUGGCUGCUGCCGUGAAGAUCUACAGCACUAUCGAUCGUGCCUCUCCAUUGGACCCGUAUUCUGACGAGGGCGACAAGAUCGAGAACGUCCAGGGAAACAUCGAGUUCCGUGAUAUCAAACAUAUCUAUCCGUCUCGGCCUGAAGUGACCGUCAUGGAUGGCGUCUCUUUGGAGUUCCCCGCAGGUAAGACGACUGCGUUGGUCGGCCCUUCGGGCUCGGGAAAGAGUACUGUCGUCGGCCUGGUGGAGCGGUUCUACUUCCCUGUCCGAGGCCAAGUCUUUUUGGAUGGUCAUGACAUUCAGACUCUCAAUCUUCGUUGGUUGCGUCAGCAAAUUUCCCUCGUCAGUCAGGAACCCGUCCUUUUCGGUACGACAAUCUACCAAAACAUCCGUCACGGUCUGAUUGGGACCAAGCUUGAGAGCGAACCGGAGGACAAAAUCCGGGAAAUGAUCGAGAACGCUGCCAGGAUGGCUAAUGCUCACGACUUCAUCACUGCGUUGCCGGAAGGAUACGAAACUAAUGUCGGUCAGCGCGGUUUCUUGCUCUCUGGUGGUCAAAAGCAACGCAUUGCCAUCGCACGGGCGAUUGUCAGUGACCCCAAGAUUCUUCUGCUCGAUGAAGCCACGUCUGCUUUGGAUACGAAAUCGGAGGGUGUCGUCCAAGCUGCGCUCGACAAGGCUGCUGAAGGUCGCACCACUAUCGUCAUCGCCCAUCGUCUAUCGACUAUCAAGACGGCCCAUAACAUUGUUGUUCUCGUGGGUGGUCGCAUUGUCGAGCAAGGGACCCAUGACGAGCUGGUUGACAAGAAGGGCACCUACCACAGUCUCGUCGAAGCUCAGCGGAUCAACGAGGAAAGAGAUGCGGAAAACCUCGAUGCUGACGACGAAUUGAAUGAAAAGGACUUCACUCAGGGGGAGAUGGCGCGGAUCAAGACUGCCGGUACGAACUCGGCUUCGUUGGAAGACGAAGAGGUAAACACUUUCAACCAGAUGGCCCGUUCAGGCACCCACAAGUCCGUAUCGAGCGCUAUUCUUGCCAAGAAGGGCCCAGAAGUGCAGCAGAAGUAUUCACUCUGGGCUCUCAUCAAGUUCAUUGCAUCCUUCAACAAGCCAGAGAUGCUGUACAUGAUCAUUGGGUUGAUCUUCGCAGUCUUGGCAGGAGGUGGCCAACCUACUCAAGCUCUUCUUUACGCCAAGGCGAUCAAUGCACUGUCGUAUAGUAGCACGAUGGCGGACAAGAUCCGGUCCGACGCAAAUUUCUGGGCUUUGAUGUUUUUCGUGGUCGGAAUCGUUCAGUUCAUCACCCUAUCGACCAACGGGGCGGCAUUUGCUGUUUGUUCUGAAAGACUGAUCCGGCGUGCCCGGAGUGAAGCUUUUCGCUCGAUCCUCCGACAGGACAUUACCUUCUUCGAUAGAGAGGAGAAUAGCACUGGUGCAUUGACCUCAUUCUUGUCGACCGAGACCAAGCAUCUGUCCGGAGUUAGUGGCGUGACACUGGGCACCAUUCUCAUGACAUCGACGACACUGGGCGCGGCGAUCAUCAUUGCUCUUUCGCUGGGUUGGAAGCUGGCCCUGGUUUGCAUCUCCGUUGUCCCGAUCCUCUUGGGAUGCGGAUUCUACCGUUUCUAUAUGCUUGCUCAGUUCCAACGACGGUCGAAAGCCGCCUACGAAGGCUCUGCCAGCUAUGCCUGCGAAGCGACAUCGGCCAUCCGUACGGUUGCCUCCCUCACUCGUGAACAGGACGUUUGGAACAUGUAUCACGCCCAGCUUCAAGAGCAAGGGAGAAAGAGUCUCAUUUCGAUCUCGAAGUCAUCUCUUCUCUAUGCUGCCUCACAGGCGCUGGUAUUCUUUUGCGUUGCGCUUGGAUUCUGGUACGGAGGUACGCUGCUUGGCAAGCACGAAUACACGAUCUUCAAAUUCUUCGUCGUUUUCUCCGAGAUCCUCUUCGGCGCGCAGUCUGCGGGCACCGUCUUUUCUUUCUCGCCCGACAUGGGCAAGGCGAAGAACGCCGCCGCCCAGUUCAGAACGCUUUUCGACAGAAGGCCAGCGAUCGACAUCUGGUCGGACAAGGGAGAAACGCUGGAGUCUGUGGAAGGCUCGAUCGAAUUCCGGGAUGUUCAUUUCAGAUACCCGACUCGCCCGGAGCAGCCGGUUCUGCGGGGCUUGAACCUGACCGUGAAGCCUGGGCAGUAUGUUGCCCUGGUUGGGCCCAGCGGUUGUGGUAAGAGCACUACGAUUGCCCUGUUAGAGCGCUUCUACGAUGCCCUCUCCGGCAGCGUUCUGCUGGAUGGGAAGAACAUCACCGACCUCAAUGUCAAUUCCUACCGCAGCUUCAUGGCCUUGGUCAGUCAGGAGCCGACGCUGUACCAAGGAACGAUCAAGGACAACAUCAUGCUCGGAGUCACGGACGAUGAGGUGUCGGAAGACGCCAUCGUGAAGGCGUGCAAGGAUGCCAACAUUUACGACUUUAUCAUGUCCCUUCCAGAGGGAUUCAACACUGUGGUCGGCAGCAAGGGAGGCAUGUUGUCUGGCGGACAGAAACAACGUGUCGCCAUUGCUCGCGCGCUGCUGAGGGACCCCAAGAUCCUCCUCUUGGACGAAGCCACAUCCGCUCUGGACUCCGAAUCUGAAAAGGUUGUGCAAGCCGCACUGGAUGCCGCUGCUCGUGGCCGCACCACGAUUGCCGUUGCGCACCGCCUCAGUACGAUCCAGAAAGCCGAUGUGAUCUACGUGUUUGACCAAGGCAAGAUCGUUGAGAGCGGAUCGCACCACGACCUGAUCCGCAAAAAGGGUCGGUACUACGAGCUGGUCAAUUUACAGAGUCUUGGAAAGACGCACUAA